UACAACAAGUUUGACAGCUCAGCCUUUGCGUGGACGCUCAGAGAGCAGCAGCUCAGAUCUGGACUCUCCUCCACCUGCACCGGACUAACUUUGCGGUUUCCUUUCCUCCUGGUUUUUGCAUUUUUUUGCUGCUAUGUGCGCGUCUUGCGUCUCCUGCUGGCUAUGAGGGAUUCUAUGUGUCCGUAGUUUUUUCUUCUUCUGCCUGUUGGACCUUCUUUUGGUGCCGUUUUUGUUAGAAAUAUCUGUAUUUAUUUUAUUUUAUUUUGUUUGUCUUGGUCGUGCGUAAAGUAGUGAACCAUGUCGAGGAGCGCGGAGGAGGUGAACAAGCUCACAGAAAGUACCUACAAGAAUGUCAUGGACCAGUUCAACCCGGGCCUGAGGAACCUGGUCAACCUGGGCAAGAGCUAUGAGAAAUCCGUGGCUGCAAUGACCCUGGCAGGAAAGUUGUAUUUUGAUGCAGUGUCUAAGAUUGGGGAGAACGCUGCAGUUUCUCCUGUCUCCAGAGAAUUAGGUGUCGUGCUGAUGGAGAUCUCCGAGGUCCACAGGAAAGUGCAUCUGGAGCUGGAGGAAAAUCUCAAGAGGUUCCACAGGGACAUCAUAGCCGAGCUGGAGAGGAAGACGGACAUGGAUGUCAAAUACAUGACGGCCACGUUCAAGAGGUACCAGAUGGAGCACAAGGUGAAGCAGGACUCUCUGGAGAGGUCGCAGUCGGACCUGAAGAAGCUGAGGAGGAAGAGCCAAGGCAAGAACGCCAACAAGUACGAGAACAAGGAAAGCGAGUGCCUGGAAAUCCUGACCAACCGACAGAUGGACAUGCAGCUGUUCAUCGCAGACGGCUGCAAGGAGGCUCUGCUGGAGGAGAAGAGGCGCUUCUGUUUCCUGGUGGACAAACACUGCAUGUUCUCCUACCAGAUCGCCUCCUUCCACGACAAGGCCAGAGACAUCCUGACGGCCAAGCUGAGCAGCUGGCAGGACCAGUGCAACGACGCCACCAACAUGCCCGACAGCGUUCUGUCCAUGAUCGAGGGGCUGCGGACGCCGGUGUCCAUCACACCGCUGCCCUCUCCGUCGCCGUCCCGACACAGCGUGAACAUCUCUGCUCCUCCAGCUCCACCCCUGAAGGCCCAGACCAGCCCUCUGGCCAACAUGUUCACCCAGGAGACCAGCACCAGCAGCGUGACCGCUUCGACCAACAACAGCACAGACCACGGGAACGGCGAUGACGGCGGUCUGGCCCGGUCGGUGUCCGUCGCCACGGGCCUCAACAACAUAGUGAAGAGGCCUCGCGUCCGCACCAUCUUCCCCCACACCGCCGGCAGCAACAACACGCUGCUCAGCUUCGACGAGGGAGACGUCAUCGUGCUGCUCAUCCCCGAUGAGAGGGACGGGUGGAUGUACGGGGAGCUGGAGAAGAACGGAAAGAGGGGCUGGUUCCCUUCGUCCUACUGCCGAGCUCUCUCCGAGCCACUCGUGAACAACAACAGCGAGCCUGCCGUCCCGUACCGCAGCAGAAGUGUGGUCAACCUGCAUCACCAGGACACGGAGACCGACGAGGCCACCAUGGUGCUGCCGCCGGCCGACUACUGCGACCUCUCGCCACGCAACACCGUCAAGACCAACACCGUCACCACCAUCAGCAACCACCAUCACUCCCCGACGCCCUCGGCUGCCUCAUCCUCCUUGUCCGAUCACAACACGGCCGUCCAGCCCAACGGCGUCACAAGACCUCCUCCUGCCUACCUCGCGGGAGGGAACCCGUUCGCCACGGUCCGGCUACGUCCCACCGUCACCAACGACCGCUCUGCGCCGGCCAUCUGACCCGUCCACAUUUCUACACGCCUCGUUUCUGCUUGUCCAGCUUCCUUCAUCCGCCAGCAGCGUCUGGACGGAGCUCGACAAAAACUGGGCUCUGGGGGGGAAACAUGCCAUUUGAUCUGGAUCCCCUUCCUGCUCCGGUCUCCUACAUGAAAGGACUUUGGGACCGUUUUAUUUACCGAACAGAUGCUCAUAUAUUUAUGAUAUAUAUAUAAUGUCUAUUUUUGUCCCCCCGUCUGUGGUGGUGAGAUUUAAAAGCCCACAUUCUUACCUGCACUUAUAGAGAUAUAGAUGAAUAAAAACGGUCUAAGAAAAAUCCCGACGUAUUUAUGCUGUUGAUGUCGCUUCACUGUCAGAAUGACUGUUAGAAAUCUUUUCUGUUGCCACAGGACAGCAGAAGAACGUAGAGGACGUCUGCAUUUCACCUUCAGGUCCUCGCGACGAUGUUUCUGCUCACGUUGUCGACUGGAGAGACUUAAAGAGACGAAUCCAAAAAGGCACAGAGGGAUCUUUGUCCUCCUGUACAUACAUUUGCACAGCCGAUGCUGUCCUCUGCCAUCCAGCUUAACGUCUCGUAGUGUGGAAACAGGAGUUCUGCCUUAAUGACACAGACACACCUGCUGUAACAUACCUGCUGCAUCUUUAACACAUGAGCUGCAGUCGCUCCCGUUUCAGACCCAACACGUGGCGAGUCCAGUGUACGCUCGGUUUUUUUGGCCUUUGGCCCACGUUACACCCUUGGUAGAAUUUGCUGUAUGAAAAAUAAAGAUUUAUUUCUUCAGUUUGACGUUCACUUUGUCAUCCACACAGUGCAUCACUGACCUCACGAUGCGUUCAUUAGUUUGGACAAAAGGAAGCAAGACGUCCACAACAUGAGUAGCAUUCAUUUUUAAUUACAGUAACUCAUAUAUAAAAAGUAAGAAUCUCAAUCAUAACAGCGUGCGUAGUGUGUUUUCUAAAGCAAGAUUCUUUUUUGAAAGCCCUCCCAUCCAGUUCUAUCUCCUUCUCUUCUGCCGUUGACAGUUUUAGAACAUCUUGAUGUGAUGGAAGACGUAGACACGGAGAUACAGCAGAUACGAGGACACAUUCUGGCUUGAUUGUCUGGCUGGGAGGAUCGGGGCAGGUUGACUUGUCACAGAAGGUAAAAAUCCAGAGAUUAUACACAUUAUUGAGAGAUUUCUUCAGCAUGCUUCCUACAAGUUCAACUCAUUAAAGGAGGAGUCUGCGCUUUGACACCAGAGUUCUCUGAAAGUGAGCACGAGACCAAACAGUGGUUGAGGUUGUAAAGUCGAGGGCGUUUCAGAUUGUUUGUACCUGAGGUCUGCAUCGGCCCUGGAAAAGCACAACCCAGCAGAAGAAUCAUCAGACGAACGGUCAGUGCAAAUAUGGCCCCAAGAAAUAAAUCGACAAAAACAGACAAACGCUUUCCUGCCUCACACAGCUUCAGCUGGACAGUCCGAGGACCUCCACACGUCUUUCUGAACCGGUUCUACGUGUUGCUCCGUGUGACACAACGAACCAAAAACAGGAACAAAACGAUUA